AUGGAUCAAAGAGAUCCAAUGGGUUUAACCGGGUCAGGUUCUUACUAUAUCCAAAGAGGACUACACGGCUCGGUUCCUCCAACGUUUCACGGAUCAUCAUCACAGCAACAAGGGCUUCGUCACUUACAUAACCCAAACUCUCCAUUCGGUUCAGGCUCCACCGGGUUCGGAUCUCCUCCUUUACACGGUGAUCCUACUCCAGCAGCAGCAGCAGCAACUGGAGCUGUUCCUCAUCAUGUCGGCGUUCACAUGAUUUCUCCUCCUCCUCCUCCUCCAACGACUGAAACUCCAAUGAAACGUAAGAGAGGACGUCCUAGGAAAUACGGACAAGACGGUUCUGUUUCUUUAGCAUUGUCUUCAUCCUCUGUUUCGACCAUUAACAGCUCUAACAAACGUGGCCGUGGUCGACCUCCUGGCUCUGGCAAGAAACAGAGAUUGUCUUCCACUGGUGAGUUGAUGAUGCCUUCAUCUUCUGGAAUGAGCUUCACGCCACACGUGAUCGUGGUUUCGAUAGGAGAAGAUAUUGCAUCAAAGGUGAUAGCUUUCUCUCAACAAGGUCCAAGAGCGGUUUGUGUCCUAUCUGCAAGUGGGGCUGUCUCUACUGCAACGCUGAUUCAAUCAUCAUCAUCUCCUGGAGCUAUUCAGUACGAGGGCCGGUUUGAGAUCCUAGCCUUAUCAAUAUCUUAUCUUGUCCCAACUGAUGGAAGUUUCCGGAAUAGAACCGGAAACUUGUCAGUUUCUCUUGCUAGCCCUGAUGGGCGUGUGAUUGGUGGUGCCAUUGGAGGGCCUUUAAUAGCAGCUAGUCCUGUUCAGGUUAUUGUAGGGAGCUUUAUAUGGGCAGCUCCAAAGAUCAAGAACAAGAAACGAGAAGAAGAAGGUUCUGAAAAUGUUCAGGACACAAAUGACCAUCAAGCUCUAGAUCCUGUUGUUCCUCAACACCCAUCAAGCCAAAACCUGAUAUGGUCAACUGGUUCAAGACAAAUGGAUAUGCGUCAUGCUCAUGCUGAUAUUGAUCUAAUGCGCGGUUGA